AUGGCAAUCCUCAAUACAACCCCCAAUGGCUCAUCGACAGGUAUAAUGACACCCGAAGGCCUGGUCAAACCAUAUCCCUUCUUCGCUCAGCCUCUUCAAACUCCAAGUACCAUCGCCGCAGAUGAUGAUCUGGUCAAACAGCUCAGAGAAGCGGUCGUUGGACCAACAGGGCAGGAUAUCCCCAAACCACAAGUACUAGGAAGGAAUGAUGAUGGCUUCAUCGCUUCUUCGACCAUUUUCAACGGAGCUGUCAAGACUCCUGCAUUAGCCUUGGUAAAACCCAUUACUGCUCAAGAUGUUAGCAGAACUAUUGUUUUCUGUCGAGAACAUGAUCUAGAACUCAGUGUGAAAGGUGGUGGAAACGGUGUACACGGUUGGAGUGUCGCUGGUCACAUCAUCCUCGAUUUGUCACUCAUGACCGACGUCACCAUCUCCUUACCCAACCCAUCGCCUCCAACCCUUCAAGAAUCCUUCGAGCGACUUCAAGUCCGACGAGACUCGGGUACAUCGACUGCUGGAGAACCUCGACGACCGUCUCUAGCGUCAGCUCACGCUGGAUCUUCCGAUGCCGGUACGAAGCGAUCCGCCUCUGACGAUUUCACCACGGACGGUACAGAUGACGAUGGAGCAAGGAGGAAGGGCAAAGUCGAUGGAGAUAGGUCAGGUCCAUAUAGUCCCUUGGAUAGAAUAGACGAGGUGAACCCUGCUGCUGAAGGUUCGAGAGCUAGUAGUGCAAUGGAACAAGAUAAUAAUGGUAGUGGGAGUGGAAGUAACAGUGGCAGUGGGACUAGAAGUGGGAGUGCCAGUAGAAGUGAUUCUUACGGUAUCACUGGAAAUGGAAAAGAUUCGACUCCUGCAACUUCUAUCUCUGGUACUUCCGAAUUCACCAGAUCGCCCAAAUCGCCUAUCGAAGAUGGGUAUAUCCUACCUACUCACAGAUUCUCCUUCUCUUCCAGCAACGGUUCAACUACAUCUCCCGAAGCUGGUCCUUCCUCCAGACCAGGUCCUAGGAUCACCUAUGUCAACCCCUCUCAAACGCCCACUUCCUCCUUCCCAUUCGUAUCUACCUCUUUCGGCGCCAACUCAUCCACUUCAUCAUCUUAUUCAACAAGCUUUCAUCCAUCCUUCGCCUCUGGUCCUUCUACCCAACUUACACUUAACACUCAUCCUGAUCCUCCACCAUAUACACUUGUCACCUUUGGUGCGGGAGUAAACUCGAAAUCUCUCGAUGCGGCUACAGCAGCUUCGCCGUAUGGUGCUUUCCAUGUACCCACCUCUGCGUUCCCGGUCGGUGCUGGACAGUUCAUCUCGGGCGGAUUUGGAUUCAUAGGUAGGAAACAUGGGUUGGCGAUGGAUAACCUAGUGGAGGUAGAGAUGGUCUUGGCCGAUGGAAGGAUAGUCUGGCUAGGUCAGGAUGGUAAGAAGGGAGGUGAUUGGAAAGAUAAUGAGGAUCCAGAAGAAGUUUGGUGGGCUGUUAGAGGUGCAGGUGCGAUCAUAGGUGUUGUUACUAGGUUCAGAGCAAAGGCGUAUUAUCUACCUAGUGUAUAUGCUGGUAAUUUGAUUUAUCUGUUCGACCGAGAAAAGACACCUUCACUCUUACGACACGUCCGAGAUUGCAUCAAAGGAUCACCACGAACGUUAUAUACCAAUAUCAUCAUGACGGCUGGACCACCCGGUGCACCCGCCAUCGUCAUCUUCCAACUUUGUUUCUCGGGCGCGAGGGCGGAAGGAGAGAUGUACGUCCAGGCGAUCAGCGCCUGGGAAGGUGGGAGAUCACUGUUCCAGGAUUUCAGCGAGAGGAAGUUUGAGAGACAACAGUUGGCCGUAGAGGAGAUUCUCAAAGGCGGUUCAGGGAGGAAAUGGUUCAUCAAGAGUGAUAUGCUUAAAUCACUAUCUGAUGAAGUGAUAGACGAAACUUGUUCGAGGUUCCACUCAGUCCCUGAUGGAUGUACUUGGCUCUUCGAAUAUACCGGCGGAGGAGCUAUAGCAGAUGUCAAAGACUCAUGUUUCCCUUCCUCACAUCGAGAAUCGGCGUUUACUGUCGCUGCUUUACAUCAAUGGUCUCAUAGUGAACCACCAGUGGAAGAUACGAGAUGUGUGACUACUGCUGAGGAAUGGAUAAAUGAGGUUAUACAUCCUAAUUCACCUGGCGGACCUUUACCAUGUUUCCUACAAUCAUCACUUUCUUCAUCCGUUUCGGCAGUUUAUGGCGAAUCAUUCCCUCGACUUCGAGCACUCAAGAAGAAACUUGACCCGACCAACUUCUUCUGUCAUGCGAUGUGGCCUCAGAACGAGUCCGAGGAAGAUGGGAUCAACGGUCUAGGAGAGGAUAUUAAAGAAGGUAAAAUCGAGGGUAUUCAAAGAGAAGACAUCGAUAGAGAUGGAUUUAUGAUUGAAGAUGAGUUGAGGAAGAGGAAGAAAGACGAUUUGGAAGGGAAAGAGAAGGAGAAUGAUAAAGGGAAAGGGAAAGCUAUCUAA